CGGGCGGCGGGCGGCGGGACAGCGGCGGCAAGGCCGGGGCGCAGUGCCCUCGCUCUGUCACACUUCCCAGCCACCCCUGCCACACCCCUGGCCGACACCUGCGCGCCCCGGCACACCCUGAGCCUCCGCUGCUGUCCCCGGACACCGGACUGCUCAGAGCUGAAGGCCAGCCUGCUCCCUCUGUCUUGUCCCCUUCCCGGCUGUGUGGAAGAGACCACUGAGGCCCAGGGGGCCCUGUGCCGUGAGCAGCCAGGAGAAGGACCCAUGCACACACGCGUUCAACACCACACCACCAACAGAAGCCCCCAAAAGGAGCCCGUGAUGCUGCCCAGGCUGUGAGCAGAGGAGGCAGCACUGUGGGGGCUGCCAGCAGCCGGGGCUGGGGAGAGACAUGUGGGCACGUAGCCCCUAUGGCUUCCGCCUGCCAGCUCCUCCGCUGGGCCCUCGCCCUGGGGCUGGGCCUCACCUUCAAGGUCACACAUGCCUUCCGGUCUCAAGAUGAGUUCCUGUCCAGUCUGGAGAGCUAUGAGAUCGCCUUCCCCACCCGCGUGGACCACAACGGGGCCCUGCUGGCCUUCUCGCCUCCCACCCUCCGGAGGCAGCGCCGGGGCACGCCCACCACGGCCGAGUCCCGCCUCUUUUACAAAGUGGCUGCGCCCAGCACCCACUUCCUGUUGAACCUGACCCGCAGCCCCCGGCUCCUGGCCGGCCACGUCUCCGUGGAGUACUGGACACGUGAGGGCCUGGCCUGGCAGAGGGCCGCCCGGGCCCAUUGCCUCUACGCUGGGCACCUGCGGGGCCAGGCCGGCAGCUCCCACGUGGCCAUCAGCACCUGCGGCGGCCUGCACGGCCUGAUUGUGGCCGACCAGGAAGAGUACUUGAUCGAGCCCCUGCACGGUGGGCCCAAGGGCCCCCGCAGCCCAGAGGAGGGCGGCCCGCAUGUGGUCUACAAGCGCUCCUCUCUGCGCCACCCCCACCUGGACACGGCCUGCGGGGUGCGAGACGAGAAGCCCUGGAAGGGCCGGCCGUGGUGGCUGCGCACCCUGAAGCCGCCGCCCGCCAGGCCACUGGGGAAUGAGUCGGAGAGGAGCCAGCUGGGCCUGAAGCGCUCCGUCAGCCGAGAGCGCUACGUGGAGACCCUGGUGGUGGCAGACAAGAUGAUGGUGGCCUACCACGGGCGCCGAGACGUAGAACAGUACGUGCUGGCCAUCAUGAACAUUGUUGCCAAACUUUUCCAGGACUCAAGUCUGGGAAACAUCGUUAACAUCCUGGUGACCCGGCUCAUCCUGCUCACGGAGGACCAGCCCACCCUGGAGAUCACUCACCAUGCGGGCAAGUCCCUGGACAGCUUCUGUAAGUGGCAGAAAUCCAUCGUGAACCACAGCGGGCACGGGAACGCCAUUCCGGAGAACGGCGUGGCCAACCACGACACGGCAGUGCUCAUUACACGCUAUGAUAUUUGCAUCUAUAAGAACAAGCCCUGCGGCACUCUAGGCCUGGCCCCUGUGGGCGGGAUGUGUGAGCGCGAGAGAAGCUGCAGCAUCAACGAAGACAUCGGCCUGGCCACGGCCUUCACCAUCGCCCAUGAGAUCGGGCACACGUUCGGCAUGAACCACGACGGCGUGGGGAACAGCUGUGGGGCCCGCGGCCAGGACCCAGCCAAGCUGAUGGCCGCCCACAUCACCAUGAAAACCAACCCAUUUGUGUGGUCGUCCUGCAGCCGCGACUACAUCACCAGCUUCCUGGACUCGGGCCUGGGGCUCUGCCUGAACAACCGGCCCCCGAGGCAGGACUUCGUGUACCCAACGGUGGCGCCUGGCCAGGCCUACGACGCAGAUGAGCAGUGUCGCUUCCAACAUGGAGUCAAAUCGCGAGGUCUGCAGCGAGCUCUGGUGCCUGAGCAAGAGCAACCGGUGCAUCACCAACAGCAUCCCGGCCGCAGAGGUGGUGCUACAAGCGGGUUUGUGUCCCCUUCGGCUCGCGGCCGGAAGGCGUGGACGGCUCCUGGGGCCCGUGGACCCCAUGGGGCGACUGCAGCAGGACGUGCGGCGGCGGCGUGUCCUCCUCCAGUCGCCACUGCGACAGCCCCAGGUCAGUCCUCAGACCGCGCCCAGGAGAGCGCGACCCGACCCCAGCUGUCCCCCCAUCUGGCUCCCGUCUCCACCGCCCCUUCCAGGCCAACUAUCGGGGGCAAGUACUGUCUGGGGGAGAGACGACGACACCGGUCCUGCAACACCGAGGACUGUCUCCCGGGCUCCCAGGACUUCAGGGAGAUGCAGUGCUCCGAAUUCAACAGCGUCCCUUUCCGUGGCAAGUUCUACUCGUGGAAGGCAUACCGAGGGGGGGGCGUGAAGGCCUGCUCGCUCACCUGCCUGGCUGAGGGCUUCAACUUCUACACCGAGAGGGCGGCAGCCGUGGUGGACGGGACGCCCUGCCGCCCAGACACAGUGGACAUCUGCGUCAGCGGCGAGUGCAAGCACGUGGGCUGUGACCGGGUCCUGGGCUCCGACCUGCGGGAGGACAAGUGCCGAGUGUGCGGCGGUGAUGGCAGCGCCUGCGAAACCAUCGAAGGGGUCUUCAGCCCGGCCCUGGCUGGGCCUGGCUAUGAGGACGUCGUGUGGAUCCCCAAAGGCUCCGUCCACAUUUUCAUCCAGGACCUGAACCUGUCCCUCAGUCACCUAGCCCUGAAGGGGGACCAGGAGUCCCUGCUGCUGGAGGGACUGCCCGGGACCCCCCAGCCUCACCGCCUGCCGCUGGCGGGGACCACCUUCCACCUGCGACAGGGGCCAGACCAGACCCAGAGUCUAGAAGCCCUGGGACCCAUUAAUGCGUCUCUCGUCGUCAUGGUGCUGGCCCGGACAGAGCUGCCUGCCCUCCGCUAUCGAUUCAAUGCGCCCAUCUCUAGGGACACGCUGCCCCCGUACUCCUGGCACUACACGCCCUGGACCAAGUGCUCGGCUCAGUGUGCCGGGGGCAGCCAGGUGCAGGUGGUGGAGUGCCGCAAUCAGCUGGACAGCUCAGCCGUGGCACCCCACCACUGCAGCGCCCACAGCAAACUGCCCAAGAGGCAGCGCGCCUGCAACACGGAGCCUUGCCCGCCGGACUGGGUCGUAGGAAACUGGUCGCGCUGCAGCCGCAGCUGUGACGCCGGGGUUCGCAGCCGCUCGGUCGUGUGCCAGCGCCGCGUGUCGGCGGCCGAGGAGAAGGCGCUGGACGACAGUGCGUGCCCACAGCCUCGCCCGCCAGUGCUGGAGGCCUGCCAUGGGCCCACCUGCCCGCCCGAGUGGGCCGCCCUGGACUGGUCUGAGUGCACCCCCAGCUGCGGGCCAGGCCUCCGCCACCGCGUGGUCCUGUGCCAGAGUGCCGAUCACCGGGCCACCCUGCCCGCCGCGCACUGCCCGCCUGCCGCCAAGCCUCCGGCCACCAUGCGCUGCAACCUGCGCCGCUGCCCUCCCGCCCGCUGGGUGGCCAGUGAGUGGGGCGAGUGCUCCGUGCAGUGCGGCCUGGGCCAGCAGCAGCGCUCCGUGCACUGCACCAGCCACACCGGGCAGCCGUCGCGCGAGUGCACCGAGACCCUGCGGCCGCCCGCCAUGCAGCAGUGCGAGGCCAAGUGUGACAGCGCGCCGCCCGGGGAUGGCCCCGAAGAAUGCAAGGAUGUGAACAAGGUCGCCUACUGCCCCCUGGUGCUCAAAUUUCAGUUCUGCAGCCGAUCCUACUUCCGCCAGAUGUGCUGCAAAACCUGCCAGGGCCGCUAGGGGACCUGCGGUACCUGGAGCCAUUGCUGAGCUCAGGCUGAGAAGGACCUGGCCCAAAGGGCCUGAGGGGGCGGGAGCUGGGAGUGAAGACUGAGACGCAGGCGCGAGUUAUUUAUUGGGAACCCCUGCAGGGCGCUUGGCUGGGGGAUGGAGAGGGGCUUGCAUCCCCAGGGACCCUCUGCAGCCUCUUGCCCGGUGCUUAGUGAGACCCCCUCCAGGGUGGGCCUGGGGACAGCUAUGGGCCUCGGGCUCUUUGCACCCACCCUUGGGAGUCCCCAACAACCCCCCACCCUCUGAUUGGAAUCUACUGUGAAGAGUGGGGGUGGGGCGGGACUGCCGGCGCCCGGCCCCCAGCACUGGCCCGCUGCCCGCUCUGUGGUGGGGCGGGGCCUGUGUGUGCUAUGGAGGAGGCACCUCCCUGACACCCCAACCUCUGCCCGGCCUGCCCCAGGGGAGCCCCCAACAUCCAGGCCACCCCCGUCAUGGUGCUAUAAGCCCUGCCCUGGGGCCCACACACUCCCUGCGAGGAAGCCCUACAUCAAUAAAGCUCUGUCUCGUGUA